CAUUCGCUCCAGCUCCUCCACCGAGCGAAUCCGGCUCUUAACACCCGGGCGCUGUCAUCGGCCAGCUCCCGCAUCCAGGCUCGCCUGAGCGCCAGUCCCACCAUGCAGCAAGUCCAGGGCUGGUUGCUGCUGGCAGCUCUUCUCCUUGCUGGGCUGGGUCACUCCACAUCCGAGGCCUUCAAGGUGAACAAGCGCCCCGUGCGGACUCGAACCUGCGCCGACCGGCCGGAGGAGCUGCUGGAACAGCUGUAUGGGAGGCUCACUGCGGGCAUGCUCAGCGCCUUCCACCACACCUUGCAGCUGGAACCGCUGGAGAAAGACCAUAACGUGAGCUGUCCGGCAGGGGGCAGAGCAGCCAGUGAGAAAAAGUACCGCCUUCCUAUCAACCUGCACAGCGUCUCCCCCUGGUCUUACAGAAUUUCCUACGAUCCCACAAGGUAUCCCAAAUACAUUCCUGAAGCGUACUGUCUGUGCAAGGGCUGUCUCACUGGAAUUUACGGCGAGGAGAAUUUCCACUUCCGCAGCACCCCAGUGUACAUGCCAACUGUCAUCUUGCGCCGCACUUCAGCUUGCGCUGGGGGUCGCUACGUGUACACAGAGGAUUAUGUCACUAUCCCUGUGGGGUGCACUUGUGUACCGGAGCAGGAAAAAGAGGCAGACAGUGUCAAUUCCAGCAUAGGUAAGCAAGAAAUGAAGUUGUUGGUAAACCAGAACGACAAGCCAGCAUCUGAAUGAGAAGCAUUCAAGGAACCCUGUGUACAACAUUGGCUUCAAGUUAAUAUUUCACUGAUUCAGGAGAUUAUAUAGCAAUAGGGGGGAAAUAAUUUUGUCUUUCUAACUACAACUGUUGCACUUAUAAGGGGGAGGCUGUGUUCAGUAGAUCGUUACUCAGCCAUGGUAGACAAGACACAUCAAGUAAGAAGGAUCUUUUCAAAGUUCAGCUUCUUUAUGUUUGUAUUGUUUAGAGUUAAACACAAUUUUAUUCUAUCCUUGCUUAUUUUGGAUGAAUUUUUAGAUGGGGCUAUAACCACGUAAUAUGCCAGCUACUUUCAUAACCAACUACUGGUUGCAAAUACUUUACAAUAAUUUUAUAUUCUGCCUUUUGGUAAUUCUAUGUAAAAGUCAUUUAACUACAGCAAAUAUCCCAUGUUAGCAGUAGAAAGGAAGUCAGUAAUUCUGAUUGCUGGGGUCCUCCUGUUACAUUGCAGACUGUAAAACUCCAAGUGAUGUUCUUGGCUGCUACAACCAUAGCUAUUUAGAGUCUACAAAAUGGGAAACCUUUGCCACCUAGUAUUUUUCAACUGUGUUGAAUUGCUAAAGUCAUUCAUAUAAUACUUGAUAAAAGGAGAUUCUCUUAUGAACACACAAAUGGCCAUACUGGGUCAGACCAAAGGUCCAUCUAGCCCAGUAUCCUGUCUUCUGACAGUGGCCAA